GGCUCAAUACAGGAGCCGGCCAGCCGUGUGAGCCGGGUGCCAGAACAAGAUAAGGAAGAAGACAGCGGAGAAACACGCAAAGCAAUUCUGAGGCUCCGAAGUUUCUCUCGAAUGAAAGUAUUCUACUUUGCGGAAAGAUGGACACGGAUCAUGAUUAUUUGGGAUUUACCAAACAAACUGAGACGGUGCUGUGCGGCGUAGGGGCACAGAAUUUAAUAAAGGAGUUCAAGAGCAGAAACAUAUCGACUAGCGCUUUGCAUAAGCUAACCAAGCAGGAUUUUGUGCAACUUGGUGCUGAUAAGAAUCAGGCAGGGGAUAUAGUCAACGCUUUAUGCAUCUCUAAGAAAGACGCAUCCGAUAUAAGGACAAAGCCUCAUCACAAGAUACCUAAUAAAGUAGAGAUGCUGCAGCUAAGCGAAAGGCAGCUCAGUAUAAUUCAGGACUUCGUGAAAUACUGCAGGAUGAAGCUGGCAAAAGAAAGAAUCAACUGUUUUGUCGAGCCGGAUAAGGCUUUAAGCGCCUCUCACAUUCUGUGUUUGAUUGCUGACGCCGCUCUCAAGGAGGUCGUUGCAACCGAGUUAAAAUUAAAGGAAUUGGAAGCUGUGAUAGUUACGCUAUUCGCAAUAAUCGUCUUCGGGUGUAUAAGCAGCAAGGGCUACCUUCCGAAAGAUGGGAAAGACGUUUGUCUCUACAAUGACGACAAUAACGCGUGCAACUACGGGGUUGGCAUCGGCGUACUGGCGUUUCUGGCCAGUAUCGGAUUCCUCGCGGGUGAAUACCUGUUCGAACAGAUGUCGUCUGUCAAGACCAGGAAGCAUUUUGUUCUCAUAGAUCUGGGUUUCUCUGGUUUCUGGUCCUUCCUCUACUUCGUGGGAUUCUGUUACUUGACAAACGCAUGGAAUAACUCUCCGAGACCAAAGGACGGAUACGGUGUGAAUAAUCUACAAGCGGCUAUCGCGUUCUCGUUCUUCUCAAUCUUUACUUGGGCCGGCUGCGCUUGGUUCGCGUUUCAAAGAUUUAAGCAAGGCACCGACGCGGCAUUCGCUCCAAGUUACGAGGCGGAUCCUGUCGGUGGUACGGGAUACACAAGCUAUCCCGACGCCACUGACACCGCUUACCAGGAACCGCCGUUCGGUCAGCAGCAGCAGCAGCAGCAGCGGGGCAUGGGUGACUUUCAAGCCCCCGCUUACUAAAAGUCAUCCAUAGUCGAUACCAAAAUGUAUUUCCAUUGGAUGCACAGCGAGCUACUUACGAAAGAAGAUGAUUUAGGAUAAUUUUUCGGAACAAGAUAUAUUGUUUUCCAUCACCUGAUUUGCUUAAAGACUAAAGAAGAACUUCAUUCGCUGAUAGGUCGCUGGGCAGCGCGUUGGUCAUAGAGUAAGUUUUCAUGGCAAGAUGUAGAAGGAAGUUAUUUGUUAAACUGUGCUUCUUAUUGUUGACCACUUGUAAGUUACAUUUAUCCAUAUGCCCGAUGUCACAAAAA